ACAACAAACGAUUCUACACAGGGCCAGGGGAGGGCCGGGGAACGGCCGAAAACGAAACAGCGGCAGCAGCAGCAGCAGCAGCAACAACAACAACAAAGGCAACUGCAGAGUCAGCUGCCGGCCGGUGUGUGGCGACAGAGGAAAACGAAACUGUUGCUAGAAGUGGGCGUGGCGGAGGUGUUGAGGGAGGGAAAGAAGGAGGACAGUGACGGCCACAGCGACAGCGAGAGCGGUGCAAAGCUAACAAAGGGCCCACUGAAUCGGGCGCAUUUGUCGGCCUGUUUCCGCACAGUGGAAAAACUUGCCAUUGAACUUGACGUCAGCAGUGACGCCAAGAGCAUCGCCAGCAAGGAGAGGGAGGCGAGCGGUGUCAUGUCGGAGACGGGCUGCCGGCAUUAUCAGAGCUACUUGAAGGAGCACGGAUAUGAUACAUAUCGGGUCAUCGAUGCGUACUUUUCUGCCUGCGUGAACAAAGAUGCGCGUCUGAAGAAGGCCACACACUGCCACUGCUUCGAGUGCGGCAGCGCCAGCAUCCAGCUGUACGCCUGCCUGCAUUGCAUCUACUUUGGCUGUCGGGGCGCACACAUCCACAGCCAUUUGCGGGCCAAGAAGCAUCAUGUGGCCCUGGAGCUGUCCCACGGCACGCUCUACUGCCAUGCGUGUCGGGACUUUAUCUACGACUCGCGCAGUCGGGAGUAUGCGCUGAUCAACCGGAAGCUGGAGGCCAAGGAUCUGCAAAAGAGCCUCGGCUGGCAGGCCUGGAUACCCACGGCCAAGGAGUCGAAUCUGCUGCUGGCCAAUUCACGGCGCCGGCUGGUGCGGCCCAAUCAGACAAUCGGACUGAGGGGCCUGCUCAACCUGGGUGCCACCUGCUUCAUGAACUGCAUUGUCCAGGCCCUGGUACACACUCCACUGCUGAGCGACUACUUUAUGUCGGACCGGCAUGACUGCGGCAAGUCCUCGCACAAGUGUCUGGUCUGCGAAGUGUCGCGUCUCUUCCAGGAGUUCUAUUCGGGCUCCCGUUCGCCGCUGUCGCUGCAUCGCCUUUUGCAUUUAAUCUGGAACCAUGCCAAGCAUCUGGCCGGUUACGAGCAGCAGGAUGCGCACGAGUUCUUCAUUGCCACGCUGGAUGUGCUGCAUCGGCAUUGCGUCAAGGCCAAGGCGGAGCACGAGAGCAAGAGCAACAGCUCAGGGUCGAGCAGCGGCACCAAUUCCACCAGCAGCUCGACAACGUCCAGCUUUGGGCAGUGCAACUGCAUCAUCGAUCAGAUCUUCACGGGCAUGCUGCAGAGCGAUGUGGUGUGCCAGGCCUGCAAGGGCGUGUCCACCACAUUCGAUCCGUUCUGGGACAUUUCGCUGGACCUGGGCGAGACCACCACGCACGGUGGGGUAACGCCCAAGACGUUGAUCGACUGCCUGGAGCGGUACACGCGGGCCGAGCACCUGGGCUCCGCGGCCAAGAUAAAAUGCUCAACCUGCAAGUCCUACCAGGAGUCCACGAAGCAGUUCAGCCUGCGCACUCUGCCCAGCGUGGUCUCCUUUCACCUGAAGCGCUUCGAACACUCGGCGCUGAUCGAUCGCAAGAUCUCAUCGUUCAUCCAAUUCCCCGUAGAGUUCGAUAUGACGCCCUUUAUGUCCGAGAAGAAGAAUGCCUACGGCGACUUUCGCUUCUCUCUGUACGCGGUGGUCAAUCACGUGGGCACCAUUGACACGGGCCACUACACGGCGUAUGUGCGGCACCAGAAGGACACGUGGGUGAAGUGCGAUGAUCAUGUGAUAACUAUGGCAUCGCUCAAGCAGGUGCUGGACAGCGAGGGCUAUUUAUUGUUCUACCACAAAAAUGUGCUGGAGUACGAGUAAAAAGAGGGAGCAUCCACACACAGACCCAUAGGCACACACAAUUAGCAUAACGAAUACACACAGAAACACAGACAAGGCCGCGGCAGCGUUUACAAUUUAAGAUUAUAAUUUAACGAAAAAAAGGAAGGAAAAUCCACUUAUAAAAGUAAGCCCGCGGAUUGAACAAAUGGAAGGGGGAAAAAUCCAAAAAACAAAAACUUUUGUGCGCCCAAACAACUCUCUCUAAUGUGUAAUCUGAAUCAAUCCUGGCAAUACCCUUAUUGUUCUAAGUAUUUCGAAAAUCCAUAAUCAUAAAAACUAAACAAAUGCUAAA